AUGCAUCAAGUUUUUAAGGAGUGGUGUAUUGAAAACCACUACAAAGCUGCCUCUAGAAGGACAUUAUCCAAGAUACUGACAAACGAAAAUAUCAGCAUUCAUCUUUCGCGCAAAGACCAGUGUGACACGUGUUGCAGUUAUAAAACGGGUAACAUUUCGAAAGAAGAAUACGAAAGUCAUAUUGCGAAGAAAACUGAAGCCCGUGAAGCCAAAAAGAAUGUCAUAGAAAGUGCAAACGAAAAGGAUGUGGUUAUAACUGUCGACGUUCAAAAUGUUUUGCUCGCUCCAAAGCUAUGGCUAGUGCUUUAUACUACAAAU